ACAUCAGUUGCGCGUGCGCCGCGAGCGGGGCGAGUAGUUCGUAAGUGUAGCUUGAAAUACCUUUCAAUAAUGUAAAUACCUUUUAAAAAAUAUUUAUAGUGGCGAGUGUCAAUCUAUAAUGGAGUGCUACACAUCAGAUAGCUGCGACAGUGACAGCAGAGAACAAAAAACACUUGACCUAUCUAAUAGGUCGUUGGAUAGUGUCACAAUAACAUCGGAACUGGAAAGCAUAAUCGACGAAAAGGAUUGUGCGGAAAAUUACGAGAUUUUUUUAUUAUAUGGAAAUCGCAUAAAGUCAUUACCGGAAUCAAUAAAUCAAUUUUGUAACUUGAAAAUACUUGAUGUAAGCAAUAACAGGCUGACCUCGCUCCCAGAUAUUCUCGACACCUGUCCACUAUCAUCACUAAUAGCUAAACACAACCAUCUCACUAAUGAAUCCCUACCAAAGAGUUUUUUAAAGACAAGAAAUACGCUCAGAGAACUUAAUUUAAGCGGCAACAGAAUCAAUUUCUUCCCGGAACAAUUACUGCAAUUAACGACACUAAAAUAUCUUUAUUUGGGAGGUAAUGUGAUUAUAAACAUUCCAAAGGAUAUCUGGAAGUUGAACAGUUUGCAGAUAUUAUCUAUAGGGGGUAAUCAAAUCACAGAGGUCCCUGAAUCUGUCGGAGCUUUAACGUCACUUCAAGCGUUGGUUCUAAGUGACAAUCAAAUAGAACAACUUCCAUCAAGCAUAGCCAAUUUGAAGCAACUCAGAUCACUGAAGAUUGAUAAAAACAGACUUAAAACACUACCAACUCAGAUAAUCAAAUUGAGAUGCCUGACUGAGCUGAGCCUACGUGAUAACCCUCUCGUUGUGAGAUUCGUUCGUGACAUGACAUUGCAGCCACCAUCUUUACUUGAACUGGCUGGUCGAACUAUCAAGCUGCAUCAGAUAGCAAUCAAACCUGGCGAUGUACCUGCUACGCUUAUCAAAUAUUUAACAUCAGCCCAAUGUUGCGUUAAUCCAAAAUGCAAAGGUGUAUUCUUCAACAACAGAGUAGAACAUAUAAAAUUUGUUGACUUUUGUGGAAGAUAUCGCAUACCACUGCUGCAAUAUCUUUGCAGCUCAAGAUGCAUCACCGGCAGUUGGGAAAGCCGUGAAGUCGACAACAUCACACCAUCACACAUGAUGAGAAAAGUUUUAUUGGGCUAAAUACAGUUUAAAAAACAUUUAUAGCCUUAGUUAUAGAAAAAGCAUUUAAACUUCAUUUUUUUUUAAAUAUAAUAAAGAUUUUUUAUAAUAUUGCUGUUAUAUCUGUAUAUUUUAAUAAUAAUAUGAAUAGAGAAUAAAAAGAUGUAGUCUUGAUUACGUAUAUUCUAUUGUUUAUGUUUACAAAACAGUUACUCAAACUAAUUGUUAUAUUAAACUAUAUAAAUGUUUUUUAAAAACUUAAA